GUGAAAUUGAAGGCGAGUGAUAGUAUGAUGAUAGUAUCAGGAUAAGAUACCGAUAGAUAGGGAAAACGCUUGGGUUCAUGAGAGUGUGUGAUUUUUGAACGAUAACUUAAAACAAUGUUAACUUCUUCGCUCUCAUUCCUUCAUUCUUGCACAUUUCCCUCUUCUUCUUCUUCUUCUUGUUCUUCUUCUUCUUUGCUCACAAUUCCAAAUCCCAAUUCAUCGUCUUCCUCUUUAUCUUUUGUCGUUCAAGCAACCUCUACCCGAAGAGAAGACAGAACUGCUCGCCAUGUUCGUAUCAGAAAGAAGGUUGAAGGAACACCUGAAAGACCAAGAUUAUCUAUCUUCCGAUCCAACAAACAUCUCUUUGUCCAGGUGAUUGAUGACACCAAGAUGCAUACACUUGCUUCAGCUUCGACAAUGCAGAAGGCAAUUGCUGAAGAGUUGAACUACACUGCCAGCCCUACGAUUGAAGUAGCAAAAAGGAUGGGUGAGAUCAUUGCAAAGUCCUGUCUGGAGAAAGGGAUCACAAAGGUAGCAUUUGACCGAGGUGGUUACCCAUACCAUGGCCGUAUUAAAGCUAUUGCUGAUGCCGCUCGUGAACAGGGCCUCGAUUUCUAAAAUGAGCACUGUAUUUCUUUGUAUUUCAUGUUUAAAUUUGUAACCCAAUGAUUUAAACAGUUAUUUUUUAAUGACAUUUCCUCAUUUACUCA